CUAACCCUGUCUGCUCUCUCCCAGGCAUCGCUGUAUUAACCUGUUCCUCACCGGUUACCAGCGGCUCUGGAUAGAGGCAGAGAUGUACUCGUUUGAGGAGAAUCUAGUGCAGGAUCUGGCCAAGACACAGCCGAAGCCUGAUGAAGAGGAGGAGGAGAUCACAGACACUCAGCCAGACCCUCUGCAUCAGCUGAUCCUGCACUUUAGCCACAACGCACUGACGGAGCGCAGUUCUCUAGAGGAGGAUCAGCUCUACAUCGCAUAUGCAGACAUGAUGGCAAAGAGCUGUGCUGAAAACGAGGAAGAGGAGGAGGAGGAAGACAAAGAGAAAACAUUUGAGGAGAAGGAGAUGGAGAAGCAGAAGACUCUCUAUCAGCAGGCCAGACUUCAUGACAGAGGAGCAGCAGAGAUGGUCUUACAGAUGGUCAGCGCUAGUAAAGGACGUCUGGAUCCGAUGGUGACGUUCACACUGAAGCUGGGCAUCUCCAUCCUCAACGGAGGAAACAUCGUGGUCCAGCAGAAAAUGCUGGACUAUCUGAAGGAGAAGCGAGACGUGGGUUUCUUCAAGAGUCUGUCAGGACUGAUGCAGUCGUGCAGUGUUCUGGAUCUGAAUGCAUUCGAGCGUCAGAAUAAGGCGGAGGGAUUGGGGAUGGUGACGGAGGAGGGAUCCAUCAACGUGAGGGAGCGCGGCUCUAAAGUCCUGCAGAACGACGAGUUCACCAAAGAUCUGUUCAGGUUCCUGCAGCUCCUGUGUGAAGGACACAAUAAUGAUUUCCAGAACUUUCUCAGAACACAGACGGGAAACACGACCACGGUGAACAUUAUCAUCAGCACGGUGGACUAUCUGCUCCGACUACAGGAGUCCAUCAGUGAUUUUUACUGGUAUUACUCUGGUAAAGAUGUGAUGGACGAGGCCGGUCAGCGUAAUUUCUCCAAAGCUCUCGCUGUGGCCAAACAGAUCUUCAACUCACUCACCGAAUACAUCCAGGGUCCGUGCAUCGGGAACCAGCAGAGUUUGGCCCACAGCAGACUCUGGGACGCCGUUGUUGGAUUUCUGCAUGUCUUCGCUAACAUGCAAAUGAAGCUUUCACAGGACUCCAGUCAGAUCGAGCUGCUGAAGGAGCUGAUGGAUCUGCAGAAGGACAUGAUCGUCAUGAUGCUGUCGCUGCUGGAAGGAAACGUUGUGAACGGCACCAUCGGCAAGCAAAUGGUGGACACACUGGUGGAGUCGUCCAGCAACGUGGAGAUGAUCCUUAAGUUCUUCGACAUGUUCCUCAAGCUGAAAGAUUUAACCACCUCGGAGAACUUCAAAGAGCACGACCCCGACCGCAAAGGCGUCAUCUCCAAGAAGGAGUUCCAGAAGUCCAUGGAGAACCAGAAGCAGUAUUCACAGUCUGAGAUCGAGUUCCUGCUGUCUUGCGUCGAGGCGGAUGAAAAUGAUAUGUUUAAUUAUGAAGAGUUCGUCACGCGUUUCCACGAACCCGCCAAAGACAUCGGAUUCAACGUUGCUGUUCUUCUUACCAAUCUGUCAGAGCACAUGCCUCACGACAGUCGUCUGUCUGCAUUCCUCAACCUGGCCGAGAGCGUUCUCAACUACUUCGAGCCCUUCUUAGGUCGCAUUGAGAUCAUGGGCGGAGCAAAGAGGAUCGAGAGGGUUUACUUCGAGAUCAGCGAAUCCAGUCGAACACAGUGGGAGAAACCACAGGUGAAAGAGUCAAAGCGUCAGUUCAUCUUCGACGUGGUCAACGAAGGCGGCGAGUCUGAGAAGAUGGAGCUGUUCGUCAACUUCUGCGAGGACACCAUCUUCGAGAUGCAGCUGGCGUCUCUGAUCUCUGAACCUGACGCCGCUGAGAGACAGGAGGAGGAGGAUGAAGAAGACGAAGAUGAUGAAGAUGCUCAGAGCGAUGAUGUGGACGAUGAUGAAGAUGACGGAGUGAUGGAAUCUUCCUCUGCGUUUACUUUAGCCUGCGUCUCCAUGAGGAAGAGUCUGACGAACUUUCGCCAGCUGCUGACCUUCCGGAGCCUGCGCAGACGCUACCGAAGACUGAGGAAGAUGAGCCUUCGAGACCUGAUACGAGGAUUCUUCUACUUCUUCUGGAUGAUCUUCAUCGGUUUCUUCCGCUCGCUCUACAGCCUCGUCUGGGGCUUCUUCCACAUACUCUGGUCCACGCUUUUCGGCGGCGGACUCGUAGAAGGAGCCAGGAACAUUAAAGUGACGGAUAUCCUGGGCAAUAUGCCGGAUCCCACGCAAUUCGGGAUCCAUGGGGAUGUCCUGGAGAUGGAGAAGCUGGAGUAUUGCGAUGUGUCCUCUGUUUCGGAGCUCGGGCGACUUUCGGCUGGAGAUCAGGAAGACGUGGAGGACCUGAUGACGGAGCUGAUGAACAUUCAGCCCAGGAGAGAAGGAGGGAAACACGGCAUGGAGCCCGGCCUGGGGGAUGUGUCGGAGGUGAUUGGGGUGGACACUCCGUCUCUCGCUAGCGCCGUACAUCAGAAAAAAGCACAGGAAGCAGCUAGUAGGCGUGCAGCUGAAUUUGAGGCCAAAUGUGAAUCAGAGAAGGUCGAUGUGGAGGAUGGAGAGAAGAAGGACCAGGAUAAAGCUAAAGAGGAGCAGAUCUCAGACUCUCUCUCAGACGAGGAGAAGAAACCACAGAAGAAGAGACGCGGUCAGAGGAAGCAGCCGGCCGAGGCCUUCAUGGCGGCGUUUCUAGCCGGACUGGAGAUCUACCAGACCAAAACCCUGAACUAUCUGGCCAGAAACUUCUACAACCUGCGCUUUCUGGCUCUGUUCGUGGCGUUCGCCAUCAACUUCAUCCUGCUCUUCUAUAAGGUGACGGGCGAUGACCCUGAUGAGGUGGACCCGUGGGCUCGGCGUGGGGACGAGGAGGAUGAUGAAGGUGUGGUGGAGUGUUUCGUCCUGCAGGAGAGCAGUGGUUAUAUGGCCCCGACGCUGCGCUUCCUCGCCGUCAUGCACACACUCAUCUCCUUCCUCUGUGUGCUGGGAUACUACUAUCUGAAGGUGCCGCUGGUGGUGUUCAAGCGUGAGAAGGAAAUCGCCCGUAAGCUGGAGUUUGACGGCCUCUACAUCACCGAGCAGCCGUCUGAUGACGAUAUUAAAGGCCAGUGGGACAGACUCGUCAUCAACACACCGUCAGUCUCACACACACAAACACACGUGAUCAAUAAGUACGGUGACCUGUAUGGUGCGGAGCGGAUCGCGGAGCUGCUGGGUUUGGAUAAAAGCGCUUUAGACUUCAAUCCCACCGAGGAGACGGUCAUUAAGGAGGCUUCACUGCUGUCCUGGUUGAGCUCCAUCGACACCAAGUAUCACGUGUGGAAGCUGGGCGUCGUGUUCACAGAUAACUCGUUCCUGUAUCUGGUCUGGUACACCACCAUGUCCAUCCUGGGACACUACAAUAACUUCUUCUUUGCGGCUCAUCUGCUGGACAUCGCCAUGGGCUUUAAAACACUCAGGACCAUCCUGUCCUCCGUCACACACAACGGCAAGCAGCUGGUGUUGACGGUGGGUCUGCUGGCGGUGGUUGUGUAUCUCUACACUGUUGUUGCGUUCAACUUCUUCCGCAAGUUCUACAACAAGAGCGCAGACGAGGACGAGCCUGACAUGAAGUGUGACGACAUGAUGACGUGUUAUCUCUUCCACAUGUAUGUGGGUGUGCGUGCGAGCGGAGGUAUCGCUGAUGAGAUCGAGGAUCCCGCAGGUGACCCGUAUGAACUCUACCGAAUCCUCUUCGACAUCACCUUCUUCUUCUUCGUCAUCGUCAUCCUGCUGGCCAUCAUACAAGGUUUGAUCAUUGAUGCAUUUGGAGAGCUAAGAGACCAACAGGAACAGGUCAAAGAAGACAUGGAGACCAAAUGCUUCAUCUGUGGCAUUGGGAACGAUUAUUUUGACACGACGCCGCACGGUUUCGAGACUCACACUCUACAAGAGCACAACCUCGCCAACUACCUAUUUUUUCUGAUGUACCUGAUCAACAAGGAUGAAACUGAGCACACUGGACAGGAGUCGUACGUGUGGAAGAUGUACCAGGAGCGCUGCUGGGACUUUUUCCCGGCCGGAGACUGUUUCCGAAAGCAGUACGAGGAUCAGCUGGGAUAGAGAAACCCGUGAAAAACCUCCAGACCUCGUGCCAAAAAACGUAUGGAGCCUAAACUAUGACAAAACAACCUGAAUCUGAAUUGAGUUCAUUUGAACGAUUGAUAAUUGUAGUUUAAUACAACUGAAUAGUAUAAGUCAUUACGAAUUAAAUCUCCUAGCUGGAAUACUCAACAUUUAAAGUUUAAGAUCGCUGAUUUUUAAAGGCAGGUUUUCACCGACGUGCAUUUUCAAGCAACAGA